AUGAAAGCGCCCGCUCUCCCCCAGACAGACGGUGGAUCCGAAUACCAUCCCACCCGCAACCCAAACUUUGCUCAGUCCAAUCCCCCCUCGUACCCCCGCCAACAACACAUGACCCAACCACCUCUUCGCGCUCGCAACAUUCCAAUUGUAUCGUCUCUAUCAAUUCCACCGCCGCCGCCUCUACGCCAACAAUCGCACACCACGGGAAACACAGUCCAUGACCUCCUUCCUUACUGCACUACGGAGCCGCUGCUGAACGAAGCCCAAGUCAUUGCUUUGAGCGAUGUGGUAGGGAGUCUGAGGGAGCUUGUGCCGUUGGCGCUUGCGGCUGCGGCUGGGGAUGAGAGGAGUCUGAGGAAGUUGGAGAGUACGGUCGGGAAGCGGGAUGCGGUGGGUCUUGUAGAGUUUUUUGUGGAUGAGUGGGAGAUUGAGGGGUAA